CUGUUACAUCUGUACAAAUGAACAGAAGUUUGUGUUUGUUGCAGGAUCAUGAGCAGGAACUUCUUGUCUGGAGAUGAAGAGCUCCGUAAUGGAGACUACCUGCUGUCCAACAAUGGGCAGUAUAAAGCAGUUUUCCAGGAUGAUGGUAACUUUGUCAUCUAUACUUGGAAACCCGUGUGGGCUUCAGACACUUAUGGAUCAGGUGCUUACCGUCUGUGCAUGCAAGAGGACUGCAACCUGGUCAUGUACAACAAGAGCGGGGAGCCCAAGUGGCACACAAACACCCACUGUUCUGACUGUAAAGUGUGUCGUCUUCAACUGACCGAUGACGGCAAACUGGUGGUGCAGAAGGGAUCAGAAACUGUCUGGAGCUCUGAAACAUCCAAAGGCAUGAAGUGAUGGUUUAACCUGAUGGUCCAAAGCUUUUGAAUAUGAAUCAUCUGUAUCUGACGGUUAUCUCUGAAUGUAACCUCAAAUAAAAGCAUAUUUACAA